GAUUAUUCACCUUUUAUUGUUGAUAAUUUGUUUUAUCGUGGGCACAUAGGUCACUUCUACCAGAUGUCAUCAGAGAAAAAUGGCUAAGACCCCAGCAUUUCGGCCUAUACUCCCUGCUGCUACACCGCUAUCUCAAAUCCCGAGUGCAGAGCGUUCUGGUUCUAUAAAAACUCAUCGAUCCUCAGCCUGUCUAAAGUGUCGCGAGAAACGUGUUAAGUGCGUCGGCUCAUCACCCUGUCAAACCUGCACUGGGUUGGGAUCAGCCUGCAUCUUUGAACCGUUCAAAGAUAGACGUAGGAAAUCAGCUCUCAUCAAUGCAGAGCAAUCUACUCAGAGAUACCAGGAACUAUUGAAGCAGCUGAUUGGCACUUUGAUGUUUGGUGAUGAUGAACAAAUCUCUGCAUUGAAGGAAUUCGUUAGAUACCAUGCUUCUGUGGAGAGUUGCUUGGAACUCUGGGGUUCAAAGUACCAGCCAAGCUUAUCUCCCUCGGAAACAAGGUAGUGGAGAAGAUUGGGAUUCAAUGUAUCAAAGAC